AUGGGAGCAGAUAACCAGACUUUGGUGAGAGAAUUCAUCCUCCUCGGCCUGUCCAGUGACUGGGACACUCGGGUCGCUCUCUUUGUCCUGUUCUUGGUUAUGUACCUGGUGACAGUGCUGGGGAACUUCCUCAUUGUUCUUGUGAUCAGACUGGACAGCCGACUCCACACUCCCAUGUAUUUCUUUCUCACCAACCUCUCCCUUGUUGAUGCCUCUUAUGCCACAAGCAUUGUCCCUCAGAUGCUGGUGCAUUUAAUUGCAGAACAUAAAGGAAUCCCAUAUGUGAGCUGUGCAGCCCAGUUAUUUUUCUCCCUGGGCCUGGGUGGGAUUGAGUUUGUUCUCCUGGCAGUGAUGGCCUAUGACCGCUAUGUGGCUGUGUGUGACCCCCUGAGAUACUUGGUCAUCAUGCAUGGAGGGCUCUGUGCUAGGUUGGCCAUCACAUCCUGGGUCAGUGCCUCUGUCAACUCUCUCAUGCAGACCACCAUCACCUUUCAGUUGCCCAUGUGUAUGAACAAGUAUAUUGAUCACAUAUCCUGCGAACUCCUAGCUGUGGUCAGGCUGGCCUGUGUGGACACCUCCUCCAGUGAGAUCGCAAUCAUGGUUUCUAGUAUUGUUCUGCUGAUGACACCUUUCUGCUUGGUUCUCUUGUCCUACAUCCAGAUCAUCUCCGCCAUCCUAAAGAUCCAGUCCACAGAGGGGAGAAAGAAAGCCUUCCACACCUGUGCCUCUCACCUCGCAGUAGUUGUACUGUGCUAUGGCAUGGCCAUUUUCACUUACAUCCAACCACGCUCCAGCCCUUCUGUCCUUCAGGAGAAGUUGAUCUCUCUCUUCUAUGCCAUUUUGACACCCAUGCUGAACCCCAUGAUUUACAGUCUGAGGAAUAAGGAGGUGAAGGGGGCCUUUCAGAAACUACUAGGGCAAUUAUCUGGAUUAACGUCAAAACUGGCAACUUGA